GCCUCCUUCAAACUUGAAAUAUUCCGUUUAUAAAGUAAAAUCUAUUCUCAGCUCAAUGAUGGAGUUAACAACAGUUUUUUUCUUUUUCAUGUUUUUCCUUAAUUCAGGAGAAUCCUUGGACUGUUAUCAGUGCGAGUCUUCCAACGAAAAUGCUUGUAGAGAAUUUGGGCCUGAUUUGUUGGAAAAACUAUGCGACGCUGGUGAAAACGUCUGCUUAUCUUUUGGUAUCAAAAAUCCGUAUAACGAAGACAGACCUAGAACUUAUGUGAGAAAAUGUGCUGUGGAUGGUACGAUCUGUGGAAAAGUGAAAAAUAUACACGGAAACAAUGUUUUGCAGUGCACAACUUGCGAAUUCGAGAAAUGCAACAAGAAUAUUAUAGGCUGAUUGGGUUGUCUCAUAAAUAAAUUGAUACAAGGGAAAAUGGACUAGUGAAAAUCGAAAAUUGAAGAGAAGUCAGACCAAUUUCUGACUUCUUAGUCUUCAUCACAUAAUUCAGUAGAUUAUGACAACCGUGAAAUCAUGAAAAUCAUAUAGAGUCAUUCGGGGCAACUGUGCGCACU